UGUCGUAAGAACAGACACUUUACGGCGGCAGUGACGUAGAUGGCGUGUAUGUUGAAGUUGACGCGAAACUAUUAAAGUGUUUGAGUCCUCACGUUGACUGCAGCUUCUUAUAUAUCCUACAAAGUUGUGUCUCAGCCUGACUUUAAAUCCCACCCUGCUGACUGAUGCAGACCUACUACUAGUAAUGAACCAACAGAGCUCUGACUGUGACACAAGAUGGUCGCAGCAACUGUCAGGACUUCCUCCCAAGCUUCUGCAGCGCCUCAUGCCUUUUCAAAGACACGGAGUGGAGUUCGCUUUGUCUAAAAGUGGACGAUGUAUGAUUGCUGAUGAGAUGGGUCUUGGGAAGACGGUCCAGGCCCUCGCGGUAGCGUGCGCUUACAGGCAGGAGUGGCCUCUCCUGGUGGUGGUGCCCUCCUCCCUCAAAUAUCCCUGGAUCGAGGAGCUGGAGAGGUGGAUCCCAGAGCUGCAGCCCAGAGACAUCAAUUUGGUGGAGAACAAGAGCCACACCAUGGCUAUCAGCAGCAGUAAGGUGACAGUGUUGGGUUAUGGCCUACUCACCACAGAUGCACGCCCCUUAGUGGAGGCUCUGAGCAGGCAACGAUUUGCUGUGGUCAUCGUGGAUGAGUCUCAUUACCUCAAAUCAAGGAACGCAGCGAGGACUAAGAUCCUCGUCCCUCUCAUUCAGAGCGCAAAGCGCGCCAUCCUGCUCACCGGUACCCCUGCUUUGGGUCGACCCGAAGAGCUUUUUAUGCAGAUUGAUGCCCUCUAUCCCAGGAGUUUUGGAACGUGGACAGACUACGCCAAGAAAUACUGCAACGCCCAUUACAGGUAUUUUGGACCUCGCAGGCAGUGGGACUGUCGUGGGGCAUCCAACCUAGAGGAGCUGCACCAACGGCUGAGCCAGAUCAUGAUCCGUCGACUCAAAGCCGAAGUUCUGAGUCAGCUGCCUCCUAAAAUCCGUCAACGUAUCCCCUUUGACCUGCCCAAGGAGGCUGCCAAGGAGGCCUCGGCCAGUUUCGCAGAGUGGGAGAGGCUGAUGAAGGGACUGGGGUCAGGGGUCGUUGCUACAGAAAACCCCUUCGUAGAGGUCAUGGGCCUGGUUACACAGAUGUACAAGCAAACAGCUAUUGCCAAGGCGGGAGCUGUGAAGGACUACAUUAAGAUGAUGCUGGAGGCAGAGCAGCUGAAGUUCCUGGUGUUCGCCCACCACCUCACCAUGCUGCAAGCCUGCACUGAAGCCGCCAUCGAGGCCAAGGCUGGUUAUAUCCGAAUCGAUGGCAGCGUGCCUUCAUCGGAACGAAUCAAGUUUGUUCACAGAUUCCAGAGCGACCCAGACACACGAGUGGCCAUCCUCAGUAUCCAAGCAGCCGGCCAGGGUUUGACCUUCACCGCUGCCAGCCAUGUGGUGUUUGCAGAGCUCUACUGGAACCCCGGACACAUGAAGCAGGCGGAAGAUCGCGCUCACCGCAUCGGGCAGACGUCCUCUGUCAAUGUGCACUACCUCAUUGCCAAGGGCACCUUUGACACUGUCAUGUGGUCUAUGCUCAACAGGAAGGAAACUGUUACUGGUAGCACGCUGAACGGCAGGAAAGAGUACCUGAAGGCUGAUGAGGGUGACAAGGACAGGUGGGAGUUCCUCAGCUUUGCCAGUGCUUGGACACCAAGUGAGAUGGUGCUGCCGCUGGAGGGAAACACAGGAAAUAUGAAAGAUGACAUUUUCUUCACUUAUUGUGAGAAGGAGAAGCAGCACGACAUCCGCUCGUUCUUCUCGCCAAAUGCCAGCAAGGAGAAGAAGAGGAAGAGAACAGGUGAUGAGGAAACCUCUCUGUCCACGUCCUCAGAGACAAUGGAACAAGCCAAACCAGCUGGUAGCGGGGCAGACUCAGUAAGCUCCCCAUCUUUUGUGAAACUCGACCAGGAUUUUUCACCUCAGCUGAAGAGGCUCCGAACGCCUAAGACCAGCCCGAGCCCCACGUCUCGAUUUGGUGGAAAACGCAGGUCAACCCUGGGAUGGAACUGUCCUGGAAGUCCCAGCUCGUUUGUCCCCCUAAAGCUUCCAGACCCAGAUCCUCCAUCAACAUGGAGCUGUGGGGCCUGCACCUACUCCAACAGCGGCCUGCUGCCUUACUGCGAGAUGUGCGAGUUCCCACGCUCUUCUUCUGCGGUCAAACUAGGCCCAGAGUCACCAAGGCCUCCUCCAGCCCCCAUGGCCCACACAGAGUACAUUGUCCUUUCCAGCCCCGAUAGCGAGCCAGAGCCUCUGAAAGACAAAAGGAGACAGGAAGAAGCAGAAGAAAAGGAUAAGGGUUGGCUCAAACGCAAACAAUCAACAAGGGAGGGAGGCGACAACAUGGCAGGCAGUGGCGGCUGCCUCUCCCCUGACCACACACAGGACUGCGAAGCUGUGCCGUGCUCAUCUUCUGCUGUUGAUGCUAAUGGCGAUGAUGAGGGCAAAGAUGAAGCUGACGCCACCGCCGCCCAGCUCGUCUACCCGGGCUUGCAGUUCUGUGCCAGCCAGUACACAGACCGGAUAUAUAUUUACUCCAAGGAUGGAGCUUCACUGAACUUGAGCUUCAUCCCUCUGGACAUCAAGCUAACCAACUGGGAAGACCUGCCCGAGGCCUUCAGCCGGCACCGGGAAAAUCGAAUACAGGUGCUGAGAUUCGUUCAGGAGUGGAGCAGCCUGGCAGCCAUGAAGCAGAAGCUGCUUCGACGCGGCGGCUUUCUCUUCCACAGCCCUACCCUGGGCCUGCAGCAGCUGGCUGCCAACCAGCGUCCUCACUCCAGCACCAAGAGGUAUUUGAGCAGAGACGAGGUAGCCGAGGCUUCUCUGAGCAAGGCCCGGGAAGAAGGAGGCAGCGUCCGAGUGGUCACCAAGGAAAACGUCUUGACAAAGAGUAGAUCUGGUUCUUCACAAACACCGCCUGCUGCAGAGAGACAGGACCAGCAUUCCUGCAAGGAAGUAGAUGAACAACCAUCUUCAGAGCCUAGCUACUUGCAGGCUGUGGACAGUCAGGGUGUCCCUCUGUGUCUCUCCUGCCAGCAGGCCUGUCCUACCACAGGUGGAGCUUGGGAUACUCGAUUCUGCAGCCACAGAUGCCAAGAGGAAUUCCAGUUGCGGUCUAGCCAGGCGUACAUGCGUUCACGUGUGUUGGAGGCAGAGCAAGGCAUUUGUCAACACUGUGGCCUCAAUGCUCAUGAACUGUUCCUGAAGGUCCGUGAUGCACCAGCCUCCAAACGAAAGGAGAUGCUGGAGAACACAUGGCUUGCCCAGCUGCCACUCAAACAGCUGAAUGAGAUGAUCCGAGCUCCGGUGGAGGGAGAUUUCUGGCAGGUUGACCACAUCCGGCCAGUCUACAGAGGAGGAGGACAGUGCUCCCUGGACAACCUGCAGACGCUCUGCACCGCCUGCCACAAAGCACGGACGGCUCUGCAAGCCAAAGAACGCAGCCAGAUGAGGAAGAGUGCCGCUGCCUCCAAGGUUGCGUCAGACAUCAGCAGGUUCUUCAUCAGGAAAUAAAAAUACUUAGCAGUUAAUUAUAGCAGGUUUAGGUUAAAACAGAGUGGAGACUAGCUACGGCCUAUGCAUACCCCUUGAACUUUUACACAUUUUAUUACUUUACAAACACAAACUUUUGUCUAUUUUAUCUGGAUGUUAUAUGAUAGACCAAUAAAAAGUCUUUUGGAAUAUGUCUUUAUAUGCUUUGCUCAGCUAGAGAUAAACAUUUCUGCCCAAACUCAAAAUAACUGAAGAAUUCCCCGUUGGAUUUAGGUCUGGACAUUGAAUGAAUAUGCUUUGAGUUAAACCAUUCCUGUGGAGCUCUGUCUGUAUUGUCUUCAUCCAUCUUCCCAUCAACUCUGACCUCCCAGUCCUCCCUGGAGAAAAGCAUCCACACAUUAUAAUGCCUCCACCACCGUGUUUCACAUUGAGGAUGUAAAUUGAGUGGAUGACUAAUAGUUGUUCUUUUGACACUCUCCAGAGUUGCAGUUCAAUUUCAAUAACAUCCUGCAAGUUAAACAAAGUGCUGUAAAUAACCACAUUUGAAAACAAAUUGAAACAAUCAGAAAGGCUAUUGGUAAAUAACCAUGGAGCAGCACGAAGCAGCCACUAUUAUGUUUUACAUUAAGUUUGGCUGUAUUUAUACGAAGUUUAAAUUACACACAGGUGGGCCAGAUUUAUUAAUUAUGUGGAAAAUGGGUGCACUGCAUUUUAGCAAAAUUUUCUUAUGUGCUGCUUUGUGUUGGUCAGUCAGACAAAAUCCCAAUAAAAUACAGUGAAAUUUGUGUCUGUAAGGUGAAUAAAUCCUGAAAUACUGUAUUGCUGUACCCUAUGGUAUCUGGAUGCAUCGCUUCCCGAUGACAUCACCUCCAUCCUGCUAGUCCUCAUUACAUCAGAACAAGUACUGAAAGAGAUUUAUCUAAAAGGUUAAAAAAAAUGGUGACGACUUGCUUCAAAUGCAAAUUCAGCCAACUUCCCUCUCGUCCCCGAACCGUCAUGAGCGCGUUGGGUUUGAUUUAUGACGGCCCCCUUUUUUUGCUCGAGGCUGAACUGGAGCGGGUUGUUUAGAAAGAUGCGUCUAUUUUAAGAUUUUGCUAACUUCGUAAAAAGAAAUAAUAAUAAUAAAAGAAAAAGCAAAGCAGGUGAGACAAAUUGGGGGCUUUGAGAUGGAACUGUGCUGGAGAAACACAACCAGGUGUCCUCCUUGGUCCCCCUCAACAUGUGGCCCCUGGUAAUUCUUUUGAUUGAUGGAUGAUCGCUCACUCGUGAAAUAAAUAGCUCUAUUCUUUUUUU